CUGCAACUGGAGGCUGCGUCUGUUAGAUGGGGGAAUGUUUAAAUGUUAGUUAUUUGUGCUAGUUUAAUUUGUAUACCGACGCUGUGUAAAACACGUCUAGUAUUAUACUGACCCCUUGAAGUUUUUUUGUUUGUUUUCUUUGUUUUGUUUUGUUUUUGUUUUUGUUUUUGUUUUUUUAUCGUUUUAAGAAUAGCCAUUUAAGCUAACGCGUCAUAGCAAAGUUGACACUCAAGUCGCAGACAUGGUGUGGAAAGGAUUUUCUGCUCUUGCUUUUCUGUUUUGCUUGCCCAAAACGACAGGCUCUUCCUAUGUUAUUACAGUUGAUGUGGGGAGACCAGAGACAGAUCUUAAACACUUCUGGAGAAGCACGGGUUUCUGCCCCCCACUCCCUCACACUAAGGCCCACCAGUUUGACCUGAGCAUCGACCAGCAGCUGAAUCUGGCCUAUGUGGGCUCUGUCCCUCAUGGAGGGAUCCAGCAGGUCAGGAUACACUGGAUGUUAGAGCUGGUCACCGCACAAUAUUCUUCUUGUAGAGAUAUUGGCACAAGACCCCAGUACAACUUCACUAAACUGGAUCAGCUCAUAGAGGUCUUGUGGCUCAAUGGACUUCAACCAGGUUUUGAACUAAUGGGUAGCAUCUCAAACUACUUCACUGACUUUGAGGACAAAUCACAAGUGGUCGAGUGGAGAAAUCUGGUUUAUAUCAUAGCCAAGAGAUACAUUGAUAAAUAUGGGUUGGGAAGUGUUGCUCAGUGGAACUUUGAAACAUGGAACGAACCCAACAACCAUGACUUUGAUAAUGUCACCAUGUCAAUUCAAGGGUUUCUUAACUAUUAUGAUGCCUGUUCGGAGGGAUUGAGAGCUGCCAGUAGGCUCCUGAAGUUUGGAGGUCCAGGAGACUCUUGUCAUACCCUGCCACACUCCCCAUAUUGCUGGGCCAUGCUGCAGCACUGCUACAAUGGCACUAACUUCUUCACUGGGGAGACGGGGGUCAAAAUUGACUACAUCGCCCUGCACAAGAAGGGAGGAGGCUACACUUUGCCCAUCCUCCAGCAGGAGAUCCAGACAGUAGGAGAGAUUCAAGAGCUUUACCCCAGUUUCCGCAGCCUCCCUGUUUAUAAUGAUGAGGCUGAUCCUCUGGUGGGCUGGUCCAGGCCUCAGGAGUGGAGGGCUGAUGUGACCUACGCUGCGAUGGUUGUAAAGGUAAUAAACCAGCAUCAGAGUCUGCUUCUGGCAAACCCAAACAGCACCAUCAACUACACACUGCUUAGCAACGACAACGCCUUCCUCAGCUACCACCCACAUCCCUUCACCCAGCGUACACUCACCGCCCGCUUUCAGGUCAACAACACCCACCCACCUCAUGUCCAACUCCUCAGGAAGCCUGUUCUCACCGUUAUGGGUCUACUAGCUCUGCUAGGGGAGACCCAGAUCCUGGCUCAGGUUCUGAACUCAGGGAGUCACAACAACACGCUGGGAACUCUCGCCAGCAGCCACAAGCCUGCGAUGCCAGGCGGCUCGGACAGCUGGCAGGCAGCAGUGCUGGUCUUCAACAGUGAUGACAACCGUACAUCCAAUGCCACUGAUGAUGUCACUGUCACAAUAACAGGAUUUCCUGAGCAGAAGGGUCUUGUGUAUGUCACAUACUACAUGGACAAUCAUGUGACCAAUCCAUACCAGCUUUGGCAAAGCAUGGGCAGCCCCGACUUCCCCACGGCACAGCAGUUCAGACGCCUUAGGAGUGUAGAGGACCCUCGCACUGAUGGACCCUGGAAAGUUCCUGUAGGCAACUCUCUGACUCUAAAAUCCAAAUUAUCUGUACCCUCCAUUCUUCUAAUCCAUGUUUGUGCUCAGCCCAAGGCUGUGCCGGACCAGGUCAAUGGAUUACGCUUCAUCAAGAUCACUAAAGGCCAAGUCCUCAUUGUUUGGUCUGACAAGUGCAUUGACUCAAGAUGCAUUAAGACGUUUGAAGUGGAAUUCUCCACAGACACCAAGGAAUUCACCAGAAUAAAUACCCAGGACACCAUUUUUACUUCUUAUGUCUUUUCACCAGUGGAUCAGGAGGUUGGCGGUUUAUAUAGAGUUCAAGCUGUGGAUUACUGGGGAAAGAAUGGGCCAUACUCACUACCUGAGAGGUAUUCGGAGGACUAAUAAAGCAAAAUCAAAGCAUUCUUGUUAUUUUUAGAAAUUGUUGGGUUUAACGUGAGUGCGUCUGCAGCUCAAUCGACACUGUAAGUUACACAAGAAGGUUACAUUGUGUUUAGUUGAGCAUUGACUGAUCACAUCUCAAGCACACAUUAUGCUCAAUUUAACACUAACAUGAAGCGUUUUAAAAGACUCAGUUACUUUAUUUUACCCCUAUCCAAGAAGACCUCUGUAUGAACAGGCCAUAAAAGCAUCUGAUCAUUAGCAAACACCACCAAGACUGUCAAAAAGUUGUUUUGGUGUUUGUGCACCAGAGAAAUUAACAAGACAAAAGCAAGUUUCUUUAGAAAAUUUAUUGUCACCAAUACAAACUGAUGCAGUACAGAUGUUACCCAUCAGAGUACCAUACGGUUGAUCAUGUCACAUCCAUUGAACUGGUAGUAUCUUUUAGGGGAUUUGGCAGUGAAUUUUCUUGGCAGUGUGUGAUGAUUUUACAUGGGGUGUUUGAUUGGAUUUAUCAGACAAAUUUCUCCUACAUCCAAAGCAAAUUGUAAGCAGGACUUGUUUGCGGUGAAGAGCUGCGUCUUCAUGUUGGGUGUGAUGAUUGAUCCAGUUUAACAAAGGGGUGCUCAACAAUCUCCAUCCUGGAAAACAAUUCAGCAAGCUCCUAUUGAGAGAGAAAGAAAAGCAACAAGUGAUGGAUAAGUUUAAAUGUUUUGAGUUGUUCUGCUUCAGAGCACCAAUUUAUCACUUAAAUGCAAGUAUGUGUGCGUGUUUGUAACACACCAGACUGCAGUACAGGCUGGAACUGUCCAGCCAUGCAGAUUUCCUCCUGUUUCUGGCGGACAACUCUCUGGAUGGCUGGGGGGAGGCCACGGGGGUUGCGAGAGAACACCAGUGCGUAGCCAUCUUCGCAGCUUCCAUCCUCCUUCUGGGUGCGGCAGGCAUAGGUGAUGGCGUAGUUGUCGUAGUCUGUGUCAAUGAUCCAGUAAUUGUCACCUGGAAAAAAGAAGACAGUGAUAGGUUUGUCUUUGCUGAACAGAGAAUGGCAAAGACUAUCUGGGUACAAAGCUAGUCUAGCUUACCUCCACUGGAUAGGUAGCUGGCCAGUCCCUGAUAGUUCAUGAACAUCUUGCCUGGGGUGCCAGGGUCAGGCACUGAGUACUGAGCAGCCAUGUCCGCACAGACAACCCAGAACCUGCAUGUCAAAUAGCGAUAAAACUAUAAAAUGUGCAAGCAGGAAUGGUAACCUUAAAAUUCUUGAUGCAUCUACUGUUCACACUACAACCUGUAGUUUUAAAAAAGAUAAACCCACCCAAAGAGAGUGACUCUGCCUCUUGAAGAGGCCACCAUGGCACCAUCAUCCCCAACAGUGUAUUCAGCAGAUAUGUUGUCCUGCAGGAACAAGCCUUCAGGGUCUUUUUUCUGCAGAGCAUACCAUUUUCCUGCAUACUGUCGGGGAGAAAAUCAAAGAUGAACACAGUGAUUAUUUUAACAGGUAUUUUAUUAGCAGAUCUGAAUGUGAAUGUAAACUAAACAGCAAAGUUGUUUUGCUUUCUAAAGUUAGAAUUGUGAGAGUUUAUUGCUCAGACUUGGAACCAAACAGUAAAUCACUGGAUGCUGAUGAUGCCUUGGCUUAUAAAGAGAAUGUUGAUCCUUCUUUUUAUGUUAUUUUUGUAUCUUUAUAACUCAGGAGAACCAAAUGUUUUGAAGCUAGAAGGCAGUAUUAUUGUACAUAGUUUCAACAAAACAACUAAUUAAUUAAUGCAUACCACUAUUUUUCAAGGUGUAUCCAUUCUGGAUUUGUCUAUGAUUUUCUUAAAAAGGUUUUGUGUAAAAAUAAAGCUAUUCUGUACUCA